GCAGACCGCAGCCAGCCGCAGUGGGCGCCGCAGCCGCGCCGGUCGUGCGCACAGCAUCCUGAAAGCGCGCUGAGCCCGGGGACCCGCGGACCAUGCAGUGUCGCCGCGACCGGGAGGGGGGCAGGCGUGCUCCUUUUUGACAUAAAAGCCAGCCGGCCAAAUAGAUUUUUAUAUACAUAUAAUUCCACCCUUCACGGAGCCGGUGUGCUAAGCGUGAGCUCUAUUUCCCUCUGCCUCCUCCUUCCACUCCUCCUCCUCCCCUUCCUCCUCCUCGCCCUCCUCCUCUUUCUCCUCCUCCUCUCCAAGUGUACAGACUGCACCCUACCACCUGGUUGGCUUCUGACAGACGGGCAUCUCUCCCUUUUUAGGGACCAGAGACACAGAGAAAGAGAGAGGAGAGAGACAAGGGAUAUUCUAAUGAAGACUGCCUGAUACUCCCCCCAAAAAAUAAUAAUAAAUUUUGGCUCUUGUCCCCUCCUCCACCCCCCACCCCCUCAAGCUUGUGUGAGAUGUUGGGUUUCUUCGGGAGACACUGCUGAGAAGUCGCAGUGGUUGGAGAGGCAUAGGGGGGUGGACUCCCUCUACCUCCACUCCCUCCCUCCCCCUUUUUUCUUUCUGGGAGGAGGUGGAGGAGGAGGAGGAGGAGGAGGAGGGGAAGGGGGGUUGCAGAGCAAGCGAUGGAUGAGGAAAACAUGACGAAAAGCGAGGAACAGCAACCUCUGAGUUUGCAAAAAGCCUUGCAGCAGUGCGAGCUGGUUCAGAACAUGAUAGAGCUGAGCAUCUCCAACCUGGAAGGGCUUAGGACCAAGUGUGCAGCUUCCAACGACCUCACGCAGAAGGAGAUCAGGACCCUGGAGAGCAAGCUGGUCAAGUACUUCAGCCGCCAGCUCUCCUGCAAGAAGAAGGUGGCCCCGCAGGAGCGCAAUGCCGAACUGGACGGCUUCCCCCAGCUCCGCCACUGGUUCCGGAUCGUGGAUGUGCGCAAGGAAGUCCUGGAGGAGAUCUCGCCUGACCAGCUGAGCUUGGAGGACCUCCUAGAGAUGACGGACGAGCAGGUGUGCGAGACGGUGAAGAAGUAUGGAGCCAACCGGGAAGAGUGUGCCCGGCUCAACGCCUCGCUGUCCUGUCUCAGGAACGUGCACUCGUCAGGAGGGAACCUCUCCAAACAAGACUGGAUCAUCCAGUGGCCCACGGCGGAGCCAGGGCAGGAGAACAACCCCGUGUGCCCCGCGGAGCCCAGCCCGUGGGUCCGCACCCACCUCGCCCAGAGCCCCCGGGUCCAGUCCAAGUGUGUCCAGCGCUUGUGUCACACCAGCCCUACGCCUGGAGCCCCCGUGUACACCCACGUGGACAGACUCCCUGUGGAUGCCUACCAGGGCUUGUGCCCGCCGCCACCCCUGGAAUCAGGCCACCGCUCCCUGCCCCCGUCACCCCGGCAGCGGCACGCAGUCCGUACCCCACCACGCACCCCAAAUAUCGUCACCACCGUGACCCCGCCUGGUACCCCGCCCAUGAGGAGAAAAAACAAGCUGAAGCCUCCGGGGACUCCACCACCCUCCUCCCGGAAGCUCAUCCACCUGCUUCCCGGCUUCACGGCGCUGCACAGGAGCAAAUCCCACGAGUUCCAGCUAGGGAACCGCGUAGACGAGGCCAACACACCCAAAGCCAAGAAAAAGAGCAAACCCUUGAACCUCAAGAUCCACAGUGGCGUGGGCAGCUGUGAGAACAUCCCCGCCCAGCAGCGCUCCCCACUCCUGUCCGAGCGCUCCCUGCGGUCCUUCUUUGUGGGCCAUGCGCCCUUCCUGCCCUCCACCCCGCCAGUCCACACUGAGGCCAGUUUCUCCGCAAACACUCUCUCUGUGCCGCGAUGGUCACCGCAGAUCCCACGCAGAGACCUUGGCAACUCCAUCAAGCACAGGUUUUCCACCAAGUACUGGAUGUCUCAGACGUGCACCGUCUGCGGGAAAGGGAUGCUUUUUGGCCUCAAGUGUAAAAACUGCAAGUUAAAGUGCCACAACAAAUGCACCAAAGAAGCCCCCCCCUGUCAUCUCCUGAUCAUCCAUAGAGGAGGUAAAUUCUGUCUUUGCUCUUUCACCCCUACGGACCCAGCAAGGUUAGUGCGAACAGAGUCGGUCCCUUGUGACAUCAACAACCCUGUCCGGAAGCCAGCCCGAUACUCAGAUCUACACAUCAGCCAGACGCUCCCCAAAACCAACAAAAUCAACAAGGACCACAUCCCUGUCCCCUACCAGCCAGACUCCAGCAGCAACCCUUCAUCCACGACGUCCUCCACGCCCUCCUCACCAGCACCCCCUCUCCCUCCCAGCGCCACGCCGCCUUCUCCCCUGCACCCUUCCCCACAGUGCACAAGACAGAAAAAGAACUUCAACCUGCCAGCUUCCCACUACUACAAAUAUAAGCAACAGUUCAUCUUCCCAGAUGUGGUGCCUGUACCGGAGACACCCACCCGGGCGCCCCAAGUCAUCCUGCAUCCCGUCACCUCGAAUACAAUCUUGGAAGGAAAUCCGUUACUUCAAAUUGAAGUGGAACCAACCUCCGAGAAUGAAGAGGGCCACGAUGAAGCAGAGGAGUCUGAGGAUGAAUUUGAGGAGAUGAACCUGUCGCUGCUCUCAGCCCGGAGCUUCCCUCGAAAGGCCAGCCAGACCAGCAUCUUCCUUCAGGAGUGGGACAUCCCCUUUGAGCAGCUGGAGGUCGGCGAGCUCAUCGGGAAGGGGCGCUUCGGGCAGGUCUACCACGGACGCUGGCAUGGUGAGGUGGCCAUCCGGUUGAUUGACAUUGAGAGGGACAAUGAGGACCAGCUCAAGGCCUUCAAGCGGGAAGUGAUGGCUUACAGGCAGACAAGGCACGAGAACGUGGUGCUCUUUAUGGGAGCCUGCAUGAGCCCACCCCACCUGGCCAUCAUCACCAGAGUGUUUGUGGAGCUGUUACUGCCACUGUUCUGA